AUGAGCUUCAUUCCAGUGCCGAAGCUCUUCACGCCGUACCGAAUCCGGGGGCUCGAGCUCGUAAACAAGGUAGUCGUGGCGCCGAUGUGCACCUGGUUUGCGGACCCGGAGACGAACAUGAUAAACGACGCGCACUUGGUGCAUUACGGAUCCCUGAGUUUGGGAGGCGCGGGUUUGUUAAUGUUCGAGGGCACUGCGGUGGAAAAACGCGGCUGCAUUGCUGCGGGCGACGCGGGGCUGUGGAACGACGAGCAGGCGCAUGCCUUGACCCGGCUGACUUCAUUUGUGCACCACCAACAGAGUGCAAAGAUCGGAAUACAGCUGGCUCACGCCGGACGCAAGGCGCUGGUGAGGGACGUCUCAGUCGAGACGGCCGCGCCCAGCAGCGCGAUCAGCAGCAGUGCGGUUGCUUAUGACGUGGGUUGGCGGACGCCGGUGGCCAUGACUAAGGCGGAUAUUGUCCAGAUAACGGAGACGUUCGCGGCAGCCGCGAGGCGAGCGGUUGUUGCGGGUUUCGACUGGGUUGAGAUCCACAACGCACACGGCUACCUGCUCAACCAGUUCACGAGCCCGCUGGUCAACUGCAGGACGGACGAGUACGGUGGUUCGUUGGAGAACCGCUGUCGGUUGAGUAUAGAGGUCGUGCAGGCUGUGCGGCGCGCGAUCCCAGAGAGCAUGCCUUUGAGUGUGCGCAUAUCGUGCGUGGACUGGGUCGAAGGGGGUUGGCAGAUGGAAGACUCGGUGUACCUCGCUCGUAGUUUGUGCGCGGCCGGAGUGGAUCUUAUCCACGUGAGCAGCGGCGGUGUUUCGCCGGGUCAGGUGAUCGUGCACUCCUGGGACUAUCAGUUGGUGUUGAGUGCGCAACUGCGGGCUGCAGCGUCCGUCAAGACGAUUGCGGUGGGUGGGAUUGCGAACGCGGAGGAAGCCAACGACGUUUUGGUAAAUGAGGACGCUGAUUUGGUCGCGGUGGGCAGAGAGCACCUAAAGGACCCCUACUGGACGCGGCACCAGGCGGCCGUGCUCGGCCUGCCGCACUGGUUCCCACCGUACCAGGCUCUCGCCUAUCGAAAAAGGGCUCGAGUGCGCCGGGAGUGA